AUGACUAGCUUCUAUGAAGAAAUGGCCGCCAUGUUUGAAACUAGAACUAAGGCACUGGAAACAGAAGUUUCGGCUCUGAAAAGUCGAGUUGCAGAUCUCGAGAGUCACGUUGAGAAUCGUGAUCAGCAGCUCGACGCACUCGGCGGCAGCGACGACAACCGAGAGGAACGCCUGCGGAAGGUGGAAAAGGUCGCUGAGAACCUGGAAGCUGAAGGAAAGCUGAGCUACCUCAUCUUCUCAGGAUCGGCGAUUCCCGCAGCUCCGCAGCAGCAGUCAAGGGAGGGCGGCGACGUUCGGCGCGGGGAGGACGUCGUCGACACCGUCGUCGGCGUCCUGAGACGCCAUCUCCCCUCUGUGCCGGUGAGCAGAGACGACGUGGCCACGGCACGGCGGAUCGGCAACGGCAAAAUCCUCUGUCUGUACGCGGCGGAGCUGGCGGAGCGCCGGCCCGAGCCGCCCGUCUCGCUGUACUCGGCGGCGGCCGCCGGCAGCGCCGGCUGGCUGCGCGCUCUGGUGCUGCUCAGUACUCUCUCCGCGGCGGCCGUAUUCGCCGUCUCUGCCGCCUUUCUGACCGAGAGCGCCAGCUGGGGUGGACAGCCGCUGCUGCCGCGGGGACUGGUCGGCCUGGUGGAGGCGUGCGCCCUGUACUCGGUGGUCAUGUGGCGCGGCCCCGAGCCGCCGCUCCGACUCACCCGUUCCCGACACCACUGCUGGGACGGAGCCCGGCUGACGGCCGCCGCCUGCGGCCUGCUCUUCCUCGUCUAUUGCUGCCUGGCCAGCAGCGUCGCCCUGGUCCAGCACUAUCAGGGCGGCGCCGAGCGGCCGCUGUGGGCGCUGCCGGGGCUGGGCGCGCGGGGGCUGCGCGGCGCCGAGCUGGCCGUCGGCUGCUGCGCGCUCGUGGCGCUCUCGCUGCUGCUGGUGGAGCUGGCCGCGCCGCAGGGCGUCCUGCUGGCGCUGCUGCGGCUGGCGGCCAGCUGUCAGCUGCUGCUGGCAGCUGCGCUGCUCUGCCGCGCCCUCUUGGAGCGCUACGCGGCCUCAGCAGGCACCGCUGACCUGGUGAGUCCGGCGGCGGCGGCUGCGCGCCGGUCCGGCGGACGGCAGCGCGGCACGGCGCCGCUGUGCCGUCUGAAGGCGGGCCUGGGCCUGCUGCCCCAGCGGCUGGCACAGGCCGGCCACGAGGUGGCCGUGAUCGAGACGGCGGCGCCGGCGCCGGCCGCCGACCGGACUCCGCUGCUGGCGGCCGAGCGCGGCGGCGCGCACCCGGCCUGCAGCUGCGGACCGCCGCCCGGCCGCCGGCUGCUGCUCAGCCACGACGCCGCAGACGACGACGACGACGACGACGACGAAACGGACCUGUCCGAGCCGGAGAGCGACGACACCGACAUCGACGCCGUGGUGGCCGAGUUCCGGCAGCACUCGGUGCAGUUCCGACCCAGCGCGCUGCCGCGCCUGCUGCUGCGCCAGGAGGCCACGCCGGCCUCUGCGCGGCGCGUGGCGAUCGCCGUGGCCGCGCUGGUCGUCUGCGGCGCCGGCCUGGGCGCGGCGUUAGUGGCGCGCACCGCCGCGCCGCACACUGCCCACCCACUGACGUCACUCGUCACGGCGCUUCUGCUCGUCUCAGCAGCCGCCUUCGGCGCCGUCAUCGCCAGGCAGCCGUGGUGCGGCUCCUGCCACGCUGAGCUGCAGGCUCCCGGCUGUCCGUGGCUGCCCUGCGCCGCGCUGCUGCUCAUCCUGAUCGGCCUCGUCACCCUGCUGCAGCACGUGUGGGCGCCGCUGGCAGCCUGCCUGGCCGCAGGGCUGCUCGUGUACGCGGUGCACGGAGCUCGGCCCGGCCGGCCGGAGCCGGGGGUCGCCGUGCUGCAGCAUACGGACCUGCUGGGCCUGAGACCGCUGGGCGCCGGAGCGGCGGCCGGCCGCCGGCCGCCGAGCCCGCUCCACGACACCGAGCCUCCCGGACAGUGACGGACACACACCGGAGAACAAAACGAAUCUCGUCUACCUUAGUGUUGGAGUGACUUGGGAACUGGGCCGUGGAGGGAUGGGCAAUGAUCAUUGUCCACCCCCUUGAAAUGUAUUUUGUAUUUGUGUAUGACGCUACCAGGCGAUCGUAAUACAGAUGAUGCCAACAUUUAA